AUGAACAUCGCGCUGAUUUACUGGAUACCAGAAGCUUUUCAAACCUAUGUCACCUACGAAGUCCUUGCUACUCCGUCUCUCUAUGCAUACAACAAGAUGCGUGCGGGACGCGAGAUUCUCAAGCACAAGCUCGCCGACUUCCUCUACACGCGCAGCACAAAGCUGAAUGGCUUUGUACGCACCCAUGUGCCCAACUUCAUCAACCGUAUCAUAUACAUAACGGAGUCGUGGAUUACUGGCGAUCAGGCAAUCUCAACACUACGAAGGGUUAUAUGCGAACUCUUUGUCCGUAAUUGCGACGGUGCGCUGAGAUUCGUUUUGACCGAUACGAACAAGCUGAGCAUCCAAGAUAAACAGGAAACCAUGGCGAGUAGCGGAGCCAAUUUGAUCGCUACCGUUGCUGCUAUAGGUGAUCUUUAUAUCUUGAGAAUGCAGGCCGCGAAGGACAAAGACUUGCUAUGGGCCAAGUCGCCAGCCUUUGGAUAUCCGCUGGAUGUAGCCGUUUAUGCAGGGCACUUUGGUGUUGUCAAAGCGAUCGCGCAACAAGCCGUCACCAACCAGAACGAGGACGUCGUCGAUCUCCAUCACCGCUACAGGUAA